AUGGAGUCUGGAACAAACUUCACUGGCAGCAGAACACUUAGAAACCAUCAACGGACUCACACAGGAGAGAAACCAUUUACAUGUGUGGAGUGUGGAAAGAGCUUCAGUAAGAGUACAAACCUUUGUUCACAUGAACGAACUCACACAGGGGAGAAACCAUUUAAAUGUAUGGAGUGUGGGAAAACCUUCACUUGUAGCGGAACACUUAGAAGACAUCAAAGAAAUCACACAGGAGAGAAACCAUUUGAAUGUAUGGAGUGUGGAAAGAGCUUUAUUGACAGUGGAAAACUUAGAAUACAUCAACGGAUUCACACAGGGGAGAAACCAUAUAAAUGUAUGGAGUGUGGAAAUUGUUUCACUGACAGUGAAACACUUAGAAUUCAUAAGUGGACUCACACUGGGGAGAACCCAUUUAAAUGUAUAGAGUGUGGAAAGAGCUUCAGUGCAAGUGGAAACCUUAAAAUUCAUCAGGUGAUUCACACUGGGGAGAAAUCAUUUAAAUGUAUAGAGUGUGGAAAGAGCUUCAUUGACCAUGGAACACUUAGAAUUCAUCAACGGAUUCACACUGGGGAGAAACCAUUUAAAUGCAUGGAGUGUGGAAACAGCUUCACUGAGAGUCGAACACUUAGAAUUCAUCAGCUGAUUCACACUGGGGAGAAACCAUUCAAAUGUAUAGAGUGUGGAAAGAGCUUCAUUGACCAUGGAACACUUAGAAUUCAUCAACGGAUUCACACUGGGGAGAAACCAUUUAAAUGUAUAGAGUGUGCAAAGAGCUUCACUUGA